AAACAGCGGUCAAAUAUGAAGUGUCAAAAACAACAAACCUGUAGUGUGUAGUCAUAUACUAAAAGCGAGAGAGCAGUAACAGAAUGAGAAUGUGUUUGUGAAUGACUGUCAUUUUUUAAAAAAUUGAAGAGAAACCGCAAUUUUCUGUGCGCCGAACAAAAAGCAACGGAUAACACUUCAAAUUGGGAAAAGUUUAGACCAAAAGUAGAUGAAUGACAUUGUUCAAUAGAAAUUCAACAGGUUUGAAGAAUGCACAAUUGAAACGUCAACGCAAUACGUACAUUACAUUGUGCCAAUCACAGCAUAAGCAUCUUUGUUACGUGUUGAAUUAUCAUCAGAUCGACAACAAUGUUACGACGUUCGGCCAGAAUAGCUGCAACUCAACGCACAAGGACUGCCGGCAAACGAAGACGACCGCCGGCACCACCAACACCGGACACCACACGAAAGCGACGCAAAUUGAGCGAUGCCAAUGAUCAAAACGACAUUAGUUUAAUAAUGGCACCAACCAAAAUAAACGGGAGCAAACGCAAACUAUCGAUUUUGGAUUUGAACGACUAUUGCUUGGAGGAAAUAUUCGAAUGGCUAUCGCUGGAACAUUUGAAAUCAGUUUUUAAAACGUGCACACGCCUACAACAGCUCGCCGGCCGAUACUUUCAACGCACUUAUUCGAAUAGUUGUAUUAGGUUUGAAAAUGGAUAUCCGUACAUUCGUACUAAUGGCGGCUUGAUUGAAUGCGAUCAUUUCAAUGCUUUUUAUCAAAAUAUACUGAUCUGUAGUGAUAAUAUCUACAUUGACCCAAUUGACAAUGAAUUAAUUCAAAAAAUUUAUGAUUAUGGUUAUGGCAUGAGAAUGCAGAUGAGUAAGCGGAAAAUCAAACCAAAAAUCACAAUCACAGAAGUUAAAAUCAAUUGGGACAAAGUACUGCAUUUAUAUAAUAUCGGUAUUAUUCGUGGUUACGAUGAACAUACUGAUCGCGAAGUGUGGCGUGAUUUGCACGAUUCUGUGCUAAGGCACUGUGUGAAUUUGAAGAAAUUUGUAAUGGUAUCCCGUUUUAUUCCAAAAGUAAGCAGUAAGUGGUUGCACCAAAAAUAUCCAACACUUGAGUACCUCCAACUUAAAUUGAACUUCACAAAUGACAUUGAAAUGAACAAACUAAUGAAUUUCCUGCAAUCAAAUCCAAAUAUUCGAGCCUUAUCAAUUGAUUUAUGUCGAUCAAAUGAUUUUUUUGAUGCGGCGUUGAAAUCAAGCGUUCAACUGGACGAACUUACCAUAGAUAAUUACAACCCACACGAAGUACCGGUCAGUUUACUAAAUCAACUUUACGACCGUGGUUUUUACAAAAGAUUAAAUGUAUUACAAGAGUCUCAUUGGAAUGUUAACAUUUUUAAGGUGAAAGGACUUGAAUUGUUAAGAACACCGAUCCUUUCAGAAUUUGAUGUUAAUCGAUCUAGUAUGGCUAUUGUUAAAACGCUAUUCUAUACUGGACACGAUGACCGUUUUAUAAAAGAAAUAGAAUAUUUUGCAAAAAAUUUGGUGAAUCUUGAGCGAUUGUGGCUGAAUGCGCGUAUCGAACAGCAUAACAUUUUGUGGUUUAUCAAAUGCGCACCAAAACUAAAGGAAAUUUUUGCUGAUAGAUUUGACAAGGAGCUUGAUGUAUCCUCAUGGAACAAAGAACGUGAAAAGUUACCGAGAGCUCGAAAAGUGACUAUUUACGUCGAUGAGGAAACUUUCUUAAAAACAAAGUGGAACACCGAAUCAACAGAUAAUCUCAGCCUAAUCACGAUAAAACGCACCCAAUCCUAUUCGGCAAAAAUGUUUGGACCAUUCGAUCUGAUUUCGAGAGCUUUAAGAUUUUCUUCCAACAACAAGAUAUACAAUAAACCCUAUGAAUUUGUUUAA